CCAUCUGAGCCACCCAGGCGCCCCUUACUAUUAACUAUUGCUAAUGUGUAGAGCAUUUCAGACAAGAGAAUCCAGGAUCUGGGAGCAAGCCACAGCCGUCCUGUCAUGACCCUAGUCCAUUUGCCUUCUCUCCCAGCUAUCUUUCCAGAGUCCUCUGAGUUUCCAAGAACUGUGGGAGAUGAAUACAUCUCUGGAGUUGGUGUCAUUUGAGGAUGUGGCUGUGAACUUCUCCUGGGAGGAGUGGCAGGACCUGGACGAUGCUCAGCGUACCCUGUACAGGGUUGUGAUGCUGGAGACGUACAGUAGCCUGGUGUCACUGGGGCACUGCAUUACCAAACCUGAGGUGAUUGUCAAGUUGGAGCAAGGAGCAGAGCCGUGGACUGUAGAGGAAGCCCCAGCCCAGAGCCUCCCAGAUGUCCAGACUGCAGAUGAACUGAUUGAGACCCACCAGGAGCAUCAGAGCAGACAUGUGUGGCAAGUUGGAUUUGCCAAUGACAAAAUGUCAACUAAGGAGAGAACCAGCUUGGGAAAACCAUUUAAUUUGAGUGCAAUCUACCUUUCAAACCUGAUUAUAAAUAAUGGAAACUGUUCAGGAAUGAAGCUAGAGGAGUUUAAUGUGUGUCAGAACAUGUUUCUCCCUGGUGAGCCUGAUGAGAUGCAUGUUGGAGAGAAGCCUGAGGACCAUAAUACAACUGGGAAACCCCUCAGGUAUGGCGAGCAUUGUAGUUUUCAUCAGAAGGAUCAAAUUUUGCAGCCACCUUUUGAAUUUGGUGGGCAAGGGAAGGGCUUCAACAAGGAGGCAACCUUCUUUACACAUAGCAGUACUCACAUGGGAGAGCCUGCCUAUAAAUAUGAUGAAUAUUGGAGAGCCUGUGACAAGUCAGCUCUCAUUGCCCAAGAGAGAACUCACAUAGGGGAGGGUCACUGUAGAUGUAAGGAAUGGGAGAACACCUUUUGUGUGAAAACAACACAGUCGAAUCUUCAUAGAGCUGAUUUCAAGGAGCAACACCAUAAAUGUAAUCAAAGUGGGGAUAAUUUCAGCAAGAAAUUACACCUCACUCCACUUUCAAGAACUCAGUUAGGAGAGAAAACUUUUGAAUGUGAUGUAUGUGGCAAAACUUUCUACAAAAAGUCUAAUCUCAGUAAACAUCAGAAAAUACACACAGGAGAGAAACCCUAUAAAUGCAGUGAGUGUGAGAAAACCUUCAUCAGUAAAACAGUUCUUACAAUACAUCGGAGAACUCAUACAGGGGAGAAACCCUAUGCAUGUAUCGAAUGUGAGAAAUCUUUCUGCCAUAAGUCACACCUAACUGUUCAUCAGAGAACCCACACAGGAGAAAAACCGUAUGAAUGUUAUGAAUGUGGGAAAUCCUUCUCUGUGAAAACCAAACUCACUGUACAUCUGAGAACACACACAGGAGAGAAACCCUAUGAAUGUAAUGAGUGUAGGAAAUCCUUUUACCAGAAGUCAGCCCUCACUGUACAUCAAAGGAUUCACAAUAGAGAGACACAUCAUGAAUGCAAUGAUUGUGGUAAAACCUUCCAUAAGAAGUCAGUUCUCAUUGCACAUCAGAGAACUCACACAGGAGAGAGACCUUAUGAAUGUAAAGAAUGUGGGAAAUCCUUUGGCCAUCGCCCAGCUCUUACCGUACAUCAGAGAACUCACACAAGAGACAAACCUUAUAAAUGUAACGAAUGUGGGAAAUCUUUCUGUGUAAAGCCAAAGCUCACUGUGCAUCUGAGACUUCACACAGGUGAGAAACCCUAUGAAUGUAAGGAAUGUGGGAAGACUUUCUACCAGAAAUCAAAACUCACUGUACACCAGAGAACUCACACAGGUGAGAAACCUUAUAAAUGUAAUGAAUGUUGGAAGACCUUUUGUGAGAAGUCAACUCUCAAUAGACAUCAGAGAACUCACACAGGAGAGAAACGCUAUGUAUGUAAAGAAUGUAGGAAAACUUUCUACCAGAAGUCAGCCCUGACUGUGCACCAGAGAACUCACACAGGAGAGAAACCCUAUGAGUGUAAUGAAUGUGGGAAAACCUUCUGUCAGAAAUCACACCUCAGCAAACAUCAGAGAACUCACACUGGGGAGAAGUCAUGUGGGGCAGAGACUGGCUAUAUGUAUACCCAAACUCACUUUCUCUUUGUGUUGGGCACACAGUUAGCCUGCAUGUCUCAGCCUCCCUUUACUGUGGGUGGAAGUGUGUAAUUGAGCUAUGGCCAAGAGAUCAUGAACACAAAUUAUGAACAUUAUUUCCGUGUCUGGCCACAAAAAAACUUACUUGCGUUUGCUGAUUUUUCAUUCCUUGUGCUCCUGAAGUGCAGAUUACCCGCAGGUUUGUCUUUGGAGCCAUAGAUGGCAACCAUGACUUAAGGCAGAAAGGAUUGAUUGGGGAGGGCAGAGAUCUUCCCAACUCCACCUCAAAAAUCUUCACUUGUACUUACCUGAGUGAGAAAUAUUUCCUGUUGAACCCUUCUAUGUGUAACCUAUUUACAACACUGUGAGUCCAUUGUAGCCAGUUCACUUUAUGAAUUUGAGGUAGGCUUCUCUGAGAAGUUACCAGUCAUUGUGUAGGAGAUUCACAUAGGAAAGAACUUGAGUUCACUCCCAAAUCAAUGGAUGGAAAAAAAUCAAAGAAAUCAUAGGAAGAAAGAAAUUUAAUAAAUGCAGGAAUGCCAUUAUUGGCCAGAGACACCUCAUUGAACACUGAGAAUAAAGUAAAACCUUAUAAAUAUC